AUGGUAACUUUAGACGAUCGAUUACUCGGGGAAAAAUUACAAAAUUAUUGUAGUUCAUCUGAAGAUGAAGGUGACAGAGACGGUAACGAUUCUGAUGAUGGUGGUGGUAAACGAGGAAAAUCGACAUCGAAAUUUAUUCCUGAAACGGAAUUAAAUGCACCAGGUUCAUCAAGUGGUUUCACUGAGAAUACGGGACCGAAAGGAGUUAUUGGAGACUGGAGACGAUUUAAACAAUUAGAAAAUGAAAAACGUGAUGAACAAGACAAAGAAAAAAAAGCAUUAAUUAAGAAAUUAACAAUGUCAUGUAGAUCUUAUUUAGAUGAUGAGGAAGCGAAGAAACAAGAAGAAGAAGCACAAGAAAAAGUUGAAGAUGAAUUCUUUGAUGCUGAAGACGAAUUUUUCAAAGAAUAUCGAGCAAAACUUAUGCACCAAAUGCAACAACGAUUACUUAAUACUCCUCGUUUUGGUAAACAAGUUGAUCUGACUCGUGAAAAUUUUACAAAUUCAAUUGAUGAUGAAAAUAAAAAUGUUACUAUUAUUGUUCAUGUUUUUGAACAGUCAGCAGUUGGUUGUAAAGUAAUGAAUAAUUGUUUUCAAUGUCUUGCUGAACAAUAUCCAUAUGUUAAAUUCUGUCGAAUUCAAGCAUCUGAAGCACAACUUAGUCAUAAUUUUGUUAAAAAUGGUUGUCCAGCAUUAUUAGUUUAUCGUGGUGGUGAAUUACUUUCAUCAUUUAUUUCAAUUACGAAUAAAUUAGGUGAUGAUUUUGUUGCUAGUGAUGUUGAAAGUCUUUUACAAGAAUCAGGUUAUCUUUCAGCAGCUGAAUGCGAUAAAAAUACUACUGUCCGCGAUAGUCAAAUACAAAAAUCGAAUCAAUCCGAUACUGAUGAGGAUUAA